AUGUAUCAUUCUGAAAAGGAGCUAAAAUGCAAGGGAAUGGUAAAUUCCACUGGACUGCAGGGCACUGCAACACCAGAAGGAGACUGUGAUUUGAGGGUGGAGCCAGUAUAUGACUCAGAAGAAUAUAAAGUAACUUUUGAAUGUUGUAAAUUUUUUUCUGUAACGGUCUCCUUUGCAGUCCAUCUCUCAGGUACAAAAUAUGGCUGUGGAGUAGGAGGCUGUGGUGCCUGCACUGUGAUGAUAUCCACAUAUGAUCCAGUUGCCAAGCAGAUACGACAUCGUCCUGCCAACUCCUGCCUUCUUCCCAUAUGCUUACUGCAUGGUGCUGAUGUCACUACUGUGGAAGGGGUUGGAAGCAUAAAAACCAGGAUUCAUCCAAUUCAGGAAAGGCUGGCCAAGUGCUAUGGCUCCCAGUGUGGAUUCUGCACCCCUGGAAUGGUGAUGUCCAUAUAUGCUUUACUGAGAAACCAUGCGGAACCUUCCAUGGAGCAGAUAAUUUCCGCUCUGGAUGGUAAUUUGUGCCGUUGCACAGGAUACAGGCCAAUUAUAGACAGCUACACAUCUUUUGCUAGGGAACCAACAUGUUGCCAACUCAGAGAAACUGGACAAUGUUGCUUGGAUCAGGAAGAAUGUGUGUGUUCAUCUUCUACAGGAGGUCAAAUUCAUUCAGGUCUUUGCAGUCCAGAAGAAUUCCCACCCAUGGAUCCAACAGAGGAAUUUAUAUUUCCUCCUGAACUAAUAAGAAUGGCUCAGGAGCAGCAAAGAACAACCCUGAUUUUUCAUGGCAAGAGAACAACAUGGAUUUCUCCCACUAGCCUGAAGGAGCUUCUGGAGCUGAAAGCCAAGUAUCCAAAGGCACCCCUGGUUGUGAGGAACACCAGUGUGGGACUCAAAAAAAAUCGCCAUGGUGCCUAUCAUCCAAUCAUUCUCCAUCCUGUUAGGAUUCCAGAAAUGCAUGUUGUGAGUAGCACAAAUGAUGGCUUACUCCAGUUUUCACUGAAGCCCAUGGUAGUGGUUUCUCUGAUACUACUGGAACACAAAAAUGGGAUAUACAUUGGUGUGUGCAAAUACGCAAUGUGUAUUUGUCAGUCUUUAGGAGGACACAUUGUAAGCAGGCGAUCAACCUGGGACUUGAACCCAAUCUUAGCAGUUGGCAAAUCUGUCCUCAACUUGGCAUCAGAAGAUGGUAAAUGACAGAUUCUUUUAAAUGAUCAGUUUCUUGCUGGCUGUGAGCAUGCAGACAUAAAGCCCAAGGAGGUCGUUGUUUCUGUUCUCAUCCCAUACUCUAUGAAGGAUGACUUUAUUUCAGCCUUCAGACAGGCUGAAAAUCAGAAAAAUGCUUUGUCCAUAGUGAAUUCUGGAAUGUGAGUCCUCUUCAGUCCAGACACAGACACCAUUGUAGAUCUGAGUAUUUUAUAUGGAGGCAUUGGCUCAACCACACUCAGUGCAAGAAAGUCCUGUGAGAAGCUCAUAGGAAGGCAAUGGAAUGAUCAGAUGCUGAACGAAGCUUGCAGACUGGUGCUGGAGGAAAUUUUUCUCCCUCCGUCAGCUGUGGGUGGAAAAGUAGAAUAUAGAAGAACUCUGCUUGUCAGCUUUAUUUUCAGAUUUUACCUGGAAGUGUUACAUGGUUUACAUCAGAUGUAUCCCUUCAGGUAUGCUGAACUCUCACUGGAGAAGAUGAGUGCUUUGAGAAUGCUACAAAGUGGUACUCCCCAGGGUGUCCAAAUCUAUCAGGUGAAAUCAAUUGACACAUCAGAAGCCCUUCAGGUGCCAGGAGUGGUUGAUGUAGUGACGGCAAGAGAUGUUCCAGGGAAAAAUGGCAAGGAUGAGCCAGCAUAUGCAGAAGAUAAGGUGAUUUGUGUUGGUCAGAUAAUCUGUGCUGUGGUUGCAGAAUCACUGACUCAGGCAAAGUGCGGGGCUGAAAAGGUGAAGAUAGUGUAUGAAGAUCUGGAGCCAAUUCUGACCAUUGAGGAUGCAAUCAAACAUAAUUCAUACAUUACUGAAGAAAGGAAAAUAGAAAAAGGAGAUAUUGAGAAAGGAUUCAAGUCUGCUGAUGAAAUCAUAGAAGGUGAAUUGCACAUGGGAGGACAGGAACAUUUUUACCUGGAAACAAAUAGUGUUCUUGUUAUUCCAAGAGUGGAGGUUAAAGAAAUGGAUGUGUAUGUCUCAACUCAGCAUGCAACAGAUGUACAGGAAUUAGUUGCUUCAGCUUUAAACUUCCAGUCCAAUAAAAUUAUGUGCCAUGUGAAACAUGUUGGUGGGAAGAUUACUAAACCUUCACUCUUUGCUGUAAUUGCAGCAGUGGCAGCCAACAAGACUGGGCAUCCAGUCCGUUUUGCCCUUGAAAGACAUAUGGAUAUGUUAAUCGCUGGUGGACGGCACCCUUUCUUUGGAAAAUAUAAAGUUGGAUUCAUGAAUGAUGGUAGAAUCAUAGCUGCAGAUUUUCAGUGCUAUAUAAAUGGUGGCUGUACAAAAGAUGAAUCUGAGUUGGUUAGAAAAAUAAACAUGUACAAAGGAGUUAACCUAACGUCUUUCAAAGAAGAGUUUAAUGCAGAGAAUCUGUGGAAAUGUUGGGAAGAAUGUUUGGACAAGUCUGACUACUACAGCCAAAAAGUAAAGGCUGGAGCUCUCAUCCAUAUCUAUAUAGAUGGGUCUGUGCUAGUCACUCAUGGUGGAAUUGAACUGGGACAGGGAAUUCACACUAAGAUGUUACAGAUUGCCAGUCGUGAACUGAAGGUACCAUUGUCAUAUAUACACUUCUGUGCAACAAGCACAACAACUGUACCUAAUGGCAAAUACACAGCAGGAUCAGUCGGAACAGAAAUCAAUGCAAGAGCAAUUCAGGAUGCUUGUCAAAUCCUUUGGAAGCGUCUGGACCCGAUAUGAAGAGACAAUCCUAAUGGCAAAUGGGAAGACUGGAUCAGUGAAGCUCACAAGCAAAGCAUCAGUCUUUCAGCUACUGGCUAUUUCAAAGGUUAUGUUACAAACAUGAACUGGGACACAAAGAAAGGCCAUGCGUUCCCAUAUUUUCUCUUUGGAGUUGCAUGUUCUGAAGUAGAAAUUGACUGUUUGACAGGAGCCCACAAGAACAUCAGAACAGACAUUAUCAUGGAUGCCUGUUUUAGCAUAAAUCCAGCUAUAGAUAUAGGACAGAUUGAAGGAGCCUUCAUUCAGGGAGUUGGUCUUUAUACAUUAGAAGAAGUCCACUUUUCCCCAGAAGGAGAGCAGCUCACUCUUGGCCCAGAUACAUGUAAGAUCCCUGCCAUCUGUGACAUUCCUGAGCAGUUCUGUGUCUAUUUGCUGCCAAAUUCAUGCAACUCAAUUGCUAUCUAUUCUUCCAAGGGCAUGGGUGAGACUGGAUUCUUCCUGGGCAGCUCAGUGUUCUUUGCAAUACGAGAUGCAGUGGCUGUUGCACAGAAAGAAAGAGGACUGCCCCUGGACUUCACACUGAACAGCCCCUUGACUGUCGAGUGGAUUCGCAUGGCCUGUGAUGAUGUCUUUACUGAGAUGAUUCCAAAAGAUAAACCUGGAACCUAUAAGCCAUGGGCCAUCAAUAUGGAUUAAUACUGCUUUCCUAAGUAUCAAACAACCAGGUGACUCCUUCAGCCACUUACUGACUGAAAGCAUUCCUUCAAGUAGAACUGUAAUACUUACACACACAGAUAUGUCCAUCUUUGUAGAACAAGAUAUAAGCACCAGUUCUAUUGUCCUGCCAAGUAAGAAACCUCUCAUUGUGAAACAUACAUUUCUUUCUAAAUCAAAUUGUGUUCCAUGCUACACUGGAAUAGUUCUGGAGUUACCCCAUGAACUUCAAAGUAUUUGCAUGCAAUUUUGAAAAUAUCUGCAAUGAAGAGCAGAUCACAAAUAGUACCAUUUUGCCACUUCUACAUCCAGUUUGAGAUUCACAACUGUUAUUAUCCACUCUUUCUGUUCUUCUAGUACAUGAAAAUCCCAAAGAUCAGGACUAGACACUGUACAAAUUAGUGAUGGGCAAUGUAUCAAUAUUACAGUAGAACAGAGAUUCUAAAAGUACAUAUUGCCAAAUGUUUUCUAGGCACGGAUAUAUUAUAACACUCUGUAUAGCUCUUUGCUUCCUGGCAGCCCAUCCCAGGCCUGCUCCAUACCGUUAGAGCUCUCUGAACCACUAUCAGCUUUCAUCUCUCUCAGAACUGGAAUAUAAUGACUGCUAUUCACUGUGUUGUCAGUGCUCACUCCUCCUCUCUUUUGCCUUACCCACAGUUUUGCUCCUUCUUUCCAGCAAAAUGGUGAAGUAGGACAUAGCUGAUGCAUUCAUCUGUAGGUAAGGAGAGGCCAGAAGGUGAGGGAGGUGUACUGGAGGUAGGAAGGGUUAAAUAGCAGGACAGGUUCCCAGUACCAGCUUUGAGUGAAGUUCAUAACAGAGGUGAGGAUUUCUGGGAUAACAUACAUUAGUGAGCAAAGAUAUAGGGGGACAGACCACCACAUCUGUUAAAACUCAUGGUCUUCUUAUCUAAAAUACUCAUUUUUGAAAUGCGGUUGCCCAUUGCAACCAUCAGCAUGUAUGCAUAGCAGAUGUGCAGCAGGUCACUGGGAUGAAAAGGUGGAAGGGAGCAGGGCUGACAGGAAGCAAUGUCAAUAGAAGUUCAUCCUUAAAAACAGGUGUGUCAGCUCACAGUUUAACUCAGCUGUGCCAAACAACAUUACUGGCACCCUAACAGACAUUGCUUUAGAAAGGUGGUUUUAUAGUGAUGCAGUGGCAGCUAUAUGAGUCUUGAUGGAGCAUUUCCCCAUGAGGAGAGGAGACUGAAAAGCAAGGGCAAAGGUAUUUGAGAGGGAGAAAAAGAAAUGGCUGAGCUGAGCCAACAUAGGUAUAUGUACAAAUCAAUAUUCAACUUUCACAUUUGAUAGUUCAAAGCAAUAAAAUGAACAGUAAAGACACAUUUAACAACAUCAUUGUGCACACAAAACACUAGCAUAAGAAAGAACUCUGGAGAUACUCAAUAGGUAUUGCAUUAGUUCAGAUCCUGAACUCAUUCAUAUAUAAACAUAGACUAUUUUCAUUUACUUUAAGAGUGAGAGUACAGGCUUAAAUUAGCAUAGUAUAGAAGAGAGUGUGACCUGCACACACCCUCAAAUAAGUCAUAUUUAAUCUAAAUCUGUAGAGGUACAAGAUCUUUUUGCUUUACAACUAAAUUAAUAUUACAAGUAAUGAGGAAAUUGCUAGCUUAUGUUGGUAAUGUUUUCCUCUUCAUUUCUCUUGGUAAAUUGUGAGAGGCUGCAGCUAAUAGGAAAAGCUCAACUGGCAAUAUGCUUUGCAAUUUUGUAAUAUCAAAGACUUCAAGGAGCUGACAGCAGGAACUAUCAUGUCUUUGUGCUCCUUUCCUUAAAAUGCAAUUUUCAUAAUCUGUAAUUUAUCUUCUUGGCUUUUUAUUUAAUUGUGAUUUAGACAAAUGCCCUCAUUUUAGAAUGAGUACCAAAGCAAUCAGUGCCUUGGGUUUAGAAUGAAUGAACAAAUAUUUGCAGGAUAUCCAGCUGUCAAUUCAAAAUCCUCCCUCUGAAUGUGAUCUCCCUUAGGAGAUUCCCUUUGGAAUGUGGUAUUUUGGGGAUUUCAUUCGGCUGUUAACUGGAAUUUGCUUAAA